AUGGAACUCCUGCCCACUGCCCACCAGGAACUGCCCGUCCGGAAUGGUCGGAUCAUGGUGGACGAGCUCCAGCAGCAGCUUCCCAAAUUAUCACUGAAGGUGACGGCACUGUUGGAGAACAUUUACUACUUCUGCCACAAUGUCCGGCGUGACCUCCAGGAGUUCCGGGAGCUGAUGGACAACUUCUCCGAACUCCUCAAGGCCUGCGACAUCCCGUCACUGGAGCCCGGGGUGGCCAUCCCCUCGCCCAGCAUCAGUGAUGACACAGACCAGGUGGUACCUGACCUGGUGCCCGAGUCGGAGCCAAGCAGCCCCGAGGCCGCCCAGGAGGUGGACUUCGAAGCCGUAGCGAGAAGCAAACUAUCGUCCGACUGGCCAGACCUGGCCUGGGCCCAGGACAGUGAGCCCUGGCUUUGGCAGGAUGUGCUCAGCUGGCAGCUGUGGCGGGUGUUGGCAGGACCUGGCCAAGGUAGAGACAAGGAACCCAGGGACCUGACCCCAGAGAAGGAGGAGGAACUGGGACUGGAGGACCAUGAGCUGGAAUCUUGCGACUUGGGCACCAGGGCCAAAGAUGUCAGGGCCAAGGACACCAACUCGCCUCCCCAGCCCCCGGAGACCUCCAGCUCCUCUGAGGAAUCCCCAGACACCCGAGCAAGCCCGGGCCUGUCCGACGAGCCCGUGGGGAAGGUCCAGCGGCUGCUGAAGCUGCUCUCCUGGGACCCCGAAGACUUUGAAGGUGCCGACCGGCGAUGCUGGCGCCUGGGGGUCCCGAGCAGGCUGGACAAGAGGUGGACGCUGCUUCAUGGGGAGCCAGUGCUGGCUGUGGGGGUGAGCAGCUUCACUCGGCACGCCUUCACCUGCGGCCGGGCCGGCAUCAAGGUGUGGAGCCUCGCGGGCCCGGGGGUCGAGGCCCGGCUCCCAGAGAGCUGCUUGUUCCCGCCAGCACAGAGCUGCGAGGCCUACCUGCGCACCUGCCUGCUCACCUCCAAUAACAGGAGCCUGCUCGCAGGUGGCCACAGCCUGACCAGCGUGAGCAUGUGGGACCUGGCGGCACCCUCCCUGCGGAUCUCACACCAGCUGCCUUGUGCAGGCUAUACCUGCCAGGCCCUGGCCGCCAACCUGGAUGAAAACCUGGCUUUCGCCAGCUUCACCGAUGGCACGGUCAGGAUCUGGGACCUGCGCAGUCAGAGCGUGGUCAGGGACUUCCACGGGCCGCCCCACAGUGCCAAGAGCCUGGUGGUGAAGGCCCAGCAGGUGUGGACAGGAGGCCUGGAUGCCUGCUUGCGGGGAUGGGACUUCCGCGCCCCAGCCGAGCCCCUGCAGUGGCCCACGGAGUCUCAGAUCAUGAGCCUGGCCCACUGCCCCAACGAGGACGGAGUGGUCCUAGGCCUGGCCAGCGGCGAGCAGUGGCUGCAUCCAACCAAGAGCGGCAAGAUGUGUUUGCUGGGCAGCCAGGAGAGUCCCAUCCUUGGCCUCAAGUUCUCCCCGUUUGGCCGGUGGUGGGUGAGUGUGGACACUGAGGGCCUGAUCAGCGUCUGCUCCAUGCCCCUGGGAGCCAAGGUGGUCCAGGUGCCCGAAAACUCGUCCACCAUGUGCUGUGACGUGUGUAGCAACAGCUCCCUGGUGGCCGCGGGGACCGGGGACUGCGCUUUCGUGUACCAGGUCGCCUACUGA